AGUUUCCGACUUUUGCUCAAGCUUGUGCCGUCUAAGACCUGAGUUGCAUGCACUUUCAGCGGGACAGGGGCGUUUAUUGAAGUGCGCCGAAAACUUUGGGAGGCUUUUCUUGGGAACAUGUCUUCCCCGCGUAGUCUGAAGGACAGCUGUUCCUAUGAGGACGAAAGUCGACCAGAAUUUACUGAAAAAGAUGGCAAAGUUCAGGUAUCUUGUCUACCUUUCAGUGUUGAAGCUUUGAUGGCUGACAGGAAGACCCGCACUGAUAUAGUGUCUAAAUCUGAAGGGAAUGUUAUGAGCACUUCUAGGACUCGCCAUUCAAGUUCAAUUUCUAGAGAGUCUUAUAGUCCAGAUGGAUUUCCAAAAGCUUUUGAACCGACGUCUCCUGUUAAAUCAGAAACAUCAGAAGACUGUGCCACCUGGGUUACAAAUUCAAGAUUCACCCCGCCACCAAGACAAUUAAGCCCUAAACCUUGCCCUUUAAGGAAACACAAAACCAACAGAAAACCAAGAACUCCUUUUACCACAUCACAACUGCUGGCUUUGGAGAGGAAGUUCCGUCAGAAACAGUACCUGUCUAUUGCGGAACGGGCCGAAUUCUCCAGCUCUCUAAAUCUAACAGAGACCCAGGUUAAAAUCUGGUUCCAAAACAGGAGGGCCAAGGCGAAGAGACUUCAAGAAGCCGAACUGGAAAAACUCAAAAUGGCAACCAAGCCAAUGCUCCAUCCUGGCUUUACAUUCCCUUUCCACAUCAACUCUCAUCUUCAAGCAGCUUCUUUGUACGGACAGUCCUACCCUUUUCAUAGGCCUGUUCUCCCUGUAUCCUCAGUUGGACUGUACACAUCUCCGGCUGGAUAUAGCAUGUAUCAUUUAUCAUAAACAGACAAGGACUUGAACAUUCUUCAUUUGUAUGUGUUUUGUCUUUUCUCCUAAAGGUACUUUCAUUUUUUAAAUAACGGUGUUCUCAGCAUGCUAUAAACAUGUAAAUCAUAUAUGUAACCUGUCAUAGAACACACAUAAAAUGCAGAACUUUAUAACACAGUACUGUAUGUGGUAAAACGUGGUAGUUGCCAGUAAGGAAUUGGGGGAGAGUAAAAGGCAAGAAUUUACAGCAGAUCCCCUUUGUCAUAAACUAGACUCGUAAAGGCCGGUGUUCAUAUGAAACAAAAUCAAUCACAUUUUAAAACAUCUUUUUUUGCCAUGCAUUCUUGUUAUUAACGGUUUCAAAUAUUAGCCCAGCAACAAUAAUACUUUUCAUUUCAUCACUGAUCUGUUGUUGAAUAAACAGGUUUGUUUUAUAUAGCACUUGCUAGAUUUUGCACAUUAAUACAGGUCUCUUGUUGAUGCAAGCUGGCUAAAUAAAUCUUUUCUAGUACGUACAGUAGCUUAUGACUAAAUAAUCUAAAAGUGUACACAUAGUGUGUGUGUAUAUAUAUAUAUAUAUAUAUAUUUAUAUAUAUAUAUAUAUAUAUAUAUAUAUAUAUAUAUAUAUAUAUAUAUAUACAUACACAGACACACUGAACUGCAAUACUAAUUUAGUAUCAACUGUCUGCAACCCUUAGGAUUUUAUAUCAUACCUGUAUACGGUAAUAUUGUUUUAGUAAUAUGAAUGGACCUUUUAUGUUCGGUAAACCCAAAGAAUUAUAUAUUUCUAAGUGUGAAUGAAAUCAUUUGGUUAUUUUGUUAAAUUAACAGCACAAAAUGCCAAACAUGUUCUUGAUUGAAUCCCUGUGAUGAGUCUUAUAAAUGCCAAGAAGUUGUAAAAUGCCAGAUUUGUUUUUAUUAGUGGUAACAUUUAUAGUAUGUAGUUUAUACCAUACUAUUUAGCAAAAAGACAAAUAGUUUGGAGCAAUGUGUUUUGUUGUGUAUGCCGUUUGCUCUUUUGAAAGGGGCAUCAUUGUACAGUUUUAUAAAUAAUAUUGCAGAUUUUUUUUUCCUAUAUCUCUUAUUUGAUAUUAAAUUACUGUUUUAAACUAGAA